GCUCUGUCUGUGGUGUCUAACGAAAGAGGGAGAACCAGCAGGAGACUUUUUCUCAUCCCCCUCUACAAGGUUCCCGGCCAUUCCAAGCCCUGAAUCAGCCUGUGGCUCCUUAUUCGAACACUUGCGAGGCUCUGAAUCCUCCCUCUCCCGGUGGCCUCAACAGCCGACGAGGACACGGCAGCCUACCUCUAGUGUUUACAGAGUACACAACAAGUACGACUACCGUACCCUCUGAACCCCCUGUCACUCCCACAACAUCGCCCUACCUCACAGAACGCCUGUACGGAGUAAGAGUACCUCUACCUAGUGGUCCCUACUCCGUACCUCUAGCGGUCCUUGUCGGCUGACCCAUGUCAAAAAAGAGUCUGCCUAAGCUAGCUUUGGUGAACCUCAAUUAAUUUUCUCGCCAUCCGUUUGAACUUCCCCCACAGUUCCUUUUUGUUCGCUUCCGUUGAUCUCCCAAGUUUCCAGUUUCCCUCACGGGCGACCAUCAGCAACAUAACAACACACGUCUGCAGAUUCCUCUUCACACAGACUCCUUGGACCCCCUUCGGCGUCCCUGUUGCUUUAUGAGACGUCCACUCCUGCACGAGUCCGUCCCUCGUUAUACCCUCAUCCGGCUGAUCUGCGGGAGUGUCAGCUGCUAUCUCGGGCCCGUCCCAACGGUCGCUCCCUGAUUGCCACAUUCCUUCCUACGUCCCCCGGCGUUUGCAGUCCCUCCCCUGGCACUGUCCGUAUAUCCAUUCCAGACCAGAACCGUUCAGCCUCGCAAAUGAACCCCCAGCCUUUGUUGCUGGAUGACGGCUUGUAUCAAAUACCAAAAAGGCAGUCGGUGGUGGUGCAGGUAGACGAACUCUCUCCAAUACUAUCACCUUCCGAAGAGGGGGAGCACCAUGUGGCUAUGCUGGGACGAGCUGGAAUCGUCGAGACGGCAGGACAGGGUCUGUUGAAGCAUUCGGAAGACGUUCGCUCAAACCUUGGACCAAGUCCCGUGCACAAGAGUCAGGUAUAUGGCUCGAGGCGACCAUCAAAGCCUAGCCGGAGGAGGAGAUCAUCUGUGGACUCGGUUGAAAAGGUCGUGCAGAGGAACGAGGUUUUACGACUGAACAUGAGGCUCCCUCAUUUUCCACGCAAGAACAUGAAUGUGAAUAUGAACACGAACAUGGACAUGAAGGGCCACGAAGCAGAGUCCAGGACAAACGAUGCGCACGCAAGACGCCAUUCAACGACAGCAUCCCACCCACCUUCCACAGACCUCAGUCUUUCACGCUCCAAUUCGCUACCAGUACAGCCGUUGUCUGUUGCGCAAUCCUGGCCGCAAUAUGACCGUUCAGCCUUCACUUCUUUGAUCAACCCGUGUGGCAUUGUGCCCCUUCUCACACCCCCAGACGACCUGGACGCCUUCAAAUGGGACAGUAGUCCUGUGCAAUCUCCUUCUUCCGACGGCAUCCGAACUGUAUCGGACGUUGACCCAGACCGAUCUCAUCGACAAGAGCCAACCGGCACAGGUGAGCCGCGUCCUCGGUCUACCUCCCGUCCGUCAGGUAUCCAAAUGCCGGAACGAGCAGAUCUCUCGCAUGACGACUCCAGCCGGUCUGACUGGCUAAGUCGAGCUUGCCAGCAACUUGCAUCGAGUCUCGGAGAUUCCACGAACCAAUACCAACUCCAGAUGGUCGUUCAAGCUCUACCCUCUCAGCCCAAGUCGAAAGAGAUCAUGUCCGUCUUCGAACAGGUGGUUCAGGCAAUUCAGAAUCGCUUUUCCACUGCUCCAUACAUCACCAUAACCCACGCCGUGUCCCAAGUCAUUAGCAUGGACGAAGUGCCGGCGUCACCACCUGCCACUCCAAACACGAAUUAUGCCAGCGACGACUAUUUUCAAGACCAGACCAUCUUCACGCAUGCCGCCAUGGUGCCCGCGUACCAUUCCCCACCCAACACUACCAUCAACAUCGGGACCAGGCCCACCAACAUCAUCGCCGUGCCGAGCAGCAUCCAAGUCUCGAUCCUUGAACGAUACAUUCCCCCUACCACUUCUCAAGAGAUCAAAGAUUUCUUCACCCUCAGUCGUCGCUCCUACCUCGCCGAUCGACUUCUCGAGCUUUCCUCGAACAACGGCACCCUUCUGUUGAUCUAUCCGACCAAGCAGGGAUCUCUGACCUUUGCGAAUAGAUACGUCAAUCCCAUCAUCGAGCCCUUUCUACGCCAUUUUGUCCUCCUCAACGGACUGUUCAUGCACGUUGCGAAUACGCUGGGUAGUUUGCCGGCAGUUCAAGCCAUGAAGACGUAUGAAGAAAUCGGAGCGGCGGUGUCGGCAAUGUGCGGUGCACUCAAUCAACGAUCACCUUCUCGUGGCGUGGCGAGCCGUUACGAGAUCGUCCACUCCGAGACUGCCGAUGUCGUCCUGGAUCGCUCUGUCUGGGUGGAUUGGUUCGUCGAACAGGAACACCACCGGCUACGACAGAACCUGGUCGACUACCACAAGUCUGGCGGUCGGAUGCCGCCUCCUCGUGGCCAGAUUGACGUGACACCGGCCAUGCUGGCCCGCGAAGUUGUCGAUGGCAUCCGCCAGAGUCGACAGCCGGCCGGAAACGUCGGUCUGGAGGUCGGCGUUUUUGUCAUACGUCGCACGGCUGCUACGACUGGGUGAAGACUUGUUGUUUUCUGCUUGCAAAAGACAACGCCUCCCUUUAUUUUCCACGGUCGAUUACUUGCAUGGCGUUGGGAGGAUAAAACACACAGAGGAGAUGAUGGCUGGUUUUUUCUAAUGUCAACUGAGCAUGGCGUUGUCGGGGUUUUAGCAUCAUGGCGUGGGUGGUACACAUGGUUUCGCAGAACCAACGGCAUUUGCUAGGGCUGGUCAUGAGAGAUGAGAUACCCUACCAGCAAUAUGUGCUGUUUUCUUUUACCGUUUUUAAUGAGAUGAGCUAGGAGUUACAGGCCAUGCAACGAGAUCAGCUACAGGCGUCCUAGGCCGGGAUUGCUAUGUUUGAGUGCUGAGCUUGUCGUGAAUUGUCCCCCUUUCACUUUAACUGAAAAGUUGGACAAGUCACACAUACAUAAUAAUAACUUCUUUCAACCUUUGAAA